AGUACCUACUGUUUUUUGCGUCGGAUGCAAGUCCUAUGAUAGUAUGUAUUUGUACAUUAGGUACCGCAAUAAACAGUCAUGUUUACUUGUCGAGAAUUUCAGUAUGUAAUUCGGUCGUUUCGUCAUUUUUAUUCGGACAUAAGUAGUCGGAAAGUUAGUAUUUUGAGUAAGGUAAAUUCUUCUUUUUUGUCGGAGCUUUUAUCACUAGCCUUUUUUGUGUGUUGUUAUCAUGAAUAUAAAUGUCAAAAUGAGUUUGAAGUACGAAGCUUCGUACGUCAAAGUUAUAUUUGUCAAAAGUCCAUUAAGCAUAAUCGUACGUCGGUCGUACCCUGUAGUAUCCGUAGUAGAAAAACCUCUAUCUAAUCACAAAUGGUAUGGUGCCUUUAAUUAAACGUUCGCUGAAUAGAAUCUAUUUUUGAAAUAGUUUCGAUCGUGACGUAUUGUUUGUAUAGUAUCUGUAAGGUCUAUAUGUGCACCGCGGUAGCAACGAUAUAGGACAGCUUCAAUUUAUUGGUGUAUUACAAGUUAACGUAAGACAGUGGACUGAUUACUUCUUCUGCUUGAUCUUUUUACAGAUAAAAUGAUUACAGUUCGUUGAAAGUGUUCAGAAUUAAAGAUGUACUUUGGAUAUUUUUGUCCAGAGCGGCGGGUGUUGAGCAUGGCGCGAGCGGCGACGCGGCGCGGCGCUCGGUGACGGGCGCCGGGCCGGCAUGGCGGACGCCGAGGCCGCGGGGCAGGCGGACGCGGUGCUGCUGGCGCCGCUGUCCGAGGACACGUUCCUGCACAACCUGCACGUGCGCUACAAGCGCGACAUCAUAUACACGUACGUGGGCAACGCGCUGGUGUCGGUGAACCCGUGCCGCGCGCUGCCGCUCUACUCGGCCGAGCUGGUGCGCGCCUACCUGGCGCGGCCGCCUUACCAGCUGCCGCCGCACCUCUACGCCAUCACGGCGACCGCCUACCGCUGGGUGCGCGACAGGAACGAGACUCAGUGCAUCGUCAUUACCGGCGAGAGCGGCGCCGGCAAGACGGAGGCGGCGCGCGUGUGCCUGCAGUGCGCGGCCGUGGCGGGCGAGGAGCGCGGCGCGGCGGGCGCGCUCACGGCGGCCGGCACGCUGCUCGAGGCCUUCGGCAACGCCGCCACCGCGCUCAACCACAACGCCAGCAGAUUUGGCAAGCUGCUGGAGAUCGAGUUUGACUUCAAGGGCGAGCCGGUGGGCGGGCACCUGACGCACUACCUGCUGGAGAAGGAGCGCGUCAGCGGCGCCGCCGACGGCGAGCGCAACUUCCACGUGCUGUACCAGCUGCUGGCCGGCGCCGACGCCGCGCUGCUCAAGCGGCUGCGGCUGCAGCGCGGCUGGGAGCAGUACCGCGUGCUGCGCGGCGCCGCCCCGCCGCCCGCCUCCCCGCGCCGCGCGCCGCCGCCCCCGCCGUCCGCGCCGCCCGCCGCCGCCGCGCUGCACGACCGCGACCACUUCGCCUUCACCACGGAGGCGAUGCGCGCGCUGGGCUUCAGCGGCGGCGCGUGCGAGGGCGUGCUGCGCGUGCUGGCCUUCCUGCUCAAGCUGGGCAACGUGGAGUUCGAGCCGCAGCACAACAUCGACGGCAGCAUCGGCACGCGCCUGCACCACCGAUACGAGCUGGUGGAGGCGUGCGCGCUGGUGGGCGUGGACGCGGAGGCGCUGGGCGCGGCGCUGGGCGCGGCGGACGAGGGCCCGGCGCCCGCGUGGCCGGCGGCGCGGCGCGACCAGCUGCUGCGCGUGCUGUACUCGCGCCUCUUCACGUGGCUCAUCAACGCCGUCAACGAGCACCUCAAGCCGGCGGAGGCGGGGCGCCGCUGCGCGCUCGGCAUCCUCGACGUGUACGGCUUCGAGGCGCUGGCGCACAACGGGCUGGAGCGGCUGCUCAUCAACUACGCGGCCGAGCGCGUGCAGGCCGCCGUCACCGCGCUCACGCUGCGCCGCGAGCAGGAGGAGUACGCGCGCGAGGGCCUGGCCUGGCGCCCGCUGCGCUACGCCGACCACGAGGCGGCCGCCGACCUGCUGGACGCGGGGCCCGACUCCGUGCUGGGCGCGCUGGCCGACGCCGCCUCCGACGCCGCCUUCCUCGCGCGCCUCAAGCGCCGCCGCCACCCGCGCCUGCUCGUGCUGCCGCCCGACCACUUCCAGGUGGUGCACUUCGGCGGCGGCGUGGCGUACUCGGCGCGCGGCAUCGUGGCGAAGGACCGCGACGCGGUGUGCGCGCGCUGCUGCGCGGUGCUGGGCGGCGCGGGGUCGGCGCUGCUGGGCGCGCUGUUCGCGGGCGGCGCGUCGCCGCGGCGGCCGGCGGCGCUGGGCACGCGGCAGCGCGCGCUGGUGGGCGCGCUGGUGCGGCGCCUGCCGCCCGCGCCGCGCCUCGUGCGCUGUCUGCGCCCCGACGCCGCGCUGCGCCCGCACCGCUUCGACGCCGCGCUGCUGCGCCGACAGAUCCAGGACCAGGGGAUCAUGGACAUGGCGCAGCUGCGGCGCCUCGGCUGGUGCGAGUCCAUGUGCGCCCGCGCCGCCCUCGCGCGCUACGGCGUGCUCGCGCCCCGCCCGCCCCACCCGCCCCGCCCGCCCCACUCGCCCCGCGCCUCGCCCGCGCGCGACGACCCCGUGCGCGCCGCGCGCGCGCUGCUGCGCCAGCUGCCCAUCCCCAGCGCCGAGUUCGCGUACGGCCGCACGCGCGUGUUCGUGCGCAGCCCGCGCACCGUGUGGGAGCUGGAGGCGCUGCGGGCGGCGCGCGUGGCGGCGCUCGUGGCGGCCGCGCAGCGCGCCUGGCGCCGCCACCGCGCCCGCCGCCGCGCCGCCGCGCAGGCCGUGCUGGCGCGCGCCUGGCGCCGCCGCCGCGCCGCGCCGCGCCGCCGCCGCGCCGCCGCCGUGCUGUGGCGCGCCUGGGCGGCGGCCGCGCGGCGCCGCUACCUGCUGCGCCUGUGGCGCCGCCUGCCGCCGCGCCACCUGUCGCCCGCGUGCGCCGCCUGGCCCGCGUGCCCGGCGCCGCGCCUGCUGGGCCGCGCCGACGCGCUGCUGCGCCGCCUGCACCACGCCUGGCGCUGCCGGCUGUACCGCGCCGCCUUCGACCAGACGGCGCGCAACCGCAUGCGCGAGAAGGUCACGGCCAGCGUGCUGUUCAAGGACCGCAAGGCCAACUACGCGUGCAGCGUGGCGCACCCGUUCGUGGGCGACUACGUGCGGCUGCGCGCGUCGGCGGCGUGGCGGCGCGGGCUGGGCGCGGCCGGGGACCGCUACGUGGUGUUCGCGGACGUGGUGGGCAAGGUGGCGCGCUCGAGCGGGCGCGUGGCGCGGUGCCUGGCGGUGCUGUCGACCGGCGCGCUGCUGCUGCUGGAGGCGCGCUCGCUGCGCCUCAAGCGCCGCGUGCCCGCGCACGCCGUGUGGCGCCUGUCGCUGUCGCCGCACCGCGACGACCUGCUGGUGGUGCACGUGCGCGCCGCCGCGCUCGACGCCGCCGACGAGCUGUCGCAGUGCUCCGAGCGCGACGCCGCCGACGCGCCCGGCUGUCUCUUCGGGGGCGAGGGCGCGUGGCGGCGGCGCGGCGACGUGGUGGUGCGCACGUGUCACGUGCUCGAGCUGGCCACCAAGCUGUUCCUGGUGGUGCAGAACGCGGUGGGCGCGCCGCCGCACGUCAACAUCGCCACCGAGUUCGAGGCCAACUUCGGGCAGCAGCUGGUGACGCUGUCGUUCCACGCGCUGGGCGGCGACGCGGCGGGCGCGCGCCUGCUGCGCCGCGGCUCGCGCAUGGACGUGCUCGUGUAGCAGCACCGCGGCUCCGGCACCGCGGCACCGCAGCACCGCAGCACCGCAGACAAUACCGCUGAGAGCAGCGUGCUCGCACACCGACGUGUUCUUAAUGUACUAGGAUAACCCCACACUAGGAUCUUAUGAUACGGUAGCUAGCGGACGUCGGACGACUUAGUUGUAACACUAGUGGUAGGCGCCCCUAACGUCUAACAGUUGUAUAGCUCACUCAACGAACACCAAGCGCGUUUUGCUUUGAACCACCGUUGACUAAUUCCGUAAGAUAAACUUGAGAAGGGACUAUCUGCGGCCGUCCCCGCUAGCUACACCUCCGGCAUCGCUAUACACUGACAAUGCAAGCCGUGCGGCUCGUUCGUUGAGUGGGCCAGUAAGCUAAGUAUUAUUAGGUAGACUAGUCGGCGCAGCUGUGUGCCUCGGGCCUCGGCUUGCAACCGAUAAAAAGCCAAAGUAAGUAGCAGGUGCCAAUAACUAAACAUAGUUGAUAAGUGAUGUUAGCGAGUGCGGGCAGACGGCGGCUGACGUCGCGGCGCUGCUCGCAGCUCAAGGCUGUUUGUUCACUGUUCGAUCAGAAAAGGUCUCAAGUGCUCUCUUAAUUUAAGUGAAUCGACGAGUAUGGUCCGUCAUCAGGACUUCGGUAGAAAUAUUGUCGAGCAGCAGUAAUACGAUAACGACGGCUGGCUCCAGGGCAGCCGACACGUUGUACUCGAGCACGGCUGUGCAUCAGAAUGACUGUCGCUCCCCAUAUCAUCCCGACUACCUAUUUGUAAACGACUCAAAAACUACUACUACAGAAACUCUGCCGACUUUAAAAGAUGAUUUUUUUCAAACUACGAAACAGCAAUUCGUAGCAGCAAUGGCAGCUGCUCUAUGUUUAUUUCGAGUGAUAAUAUGUGGAGUGGCAAUCUCACAGAGACACGGGUGUGCCGCCUGUCGGCCGCGCGUCCGCCGCCGGUCCGCCGCAUGUCCGCCGCAUGUCCGCCGCAUGUCCGCGGAGCAGUUACUCAGAGUGUCGUCACUAACUAGUUGUAAUUAAUAAUAAUGUCGUUGCGCAACUUUACACUUUGUUGUCAAACUCCAAGCAGACUGUGCUCGGUGAUGUGCACACAUGAUGAUGUAAUGUUGGCGAGUGCGUUUACUGUAUUGAUGCAAUACCGAUAUACUAUAUAGUGUUAUGUUUGUCGUUGCUGUUGUACACUUUCCACGAAGUCGCGAGUAGUGGUCGGCGCCGGUGCAGUUUUCCUGACAUGUACAUUAUGUGUCGUAAAGUCAGAAAGUCAGUAAGAGACGACAGCUAUUUUGUAAUAUUGUGGCUUCUAAAAUAUAAUGCUAGAGAAAACAUUAAGCGGUAAUCAAUGCAACUUGCUUUUCAUUUUGUUAAAGUGAAUUGUAAUUGUGAAAGUACACAUAUUUUGCUCGUGGCUGUCGUGUUAAAAUCUAAAUCCAUGCAAAACUGCAAAGCAAUGCAGUACCCGGAUGGGAUUAUAAAGUUCAAUAUAUGUAUUUCCAUGUCCUGGCUGUAAGCGUCCUCCUCAACUAUGUCAAGCCAAUCGUUCAGCCGCAUUGACUUAUAAAUACGACUUUCUUUUGUACAUGAAUCCUUAAGGUAAUAUGUCCGAAAAUAAUACAAUUUAUCUCUCAUUUAGAAUCCUACGAAGGUUUAUAAUUUCCUAUGAAAUGUAUAUAAACUCAGCAGAGCUGGUUAUUUUCCGAUGACAUGUAUUAUGUCACACUUUUCUGAUCAUAAAGCAAAUCGCAACAACCAACGGAUGAGCGAAGUGAAACUAUCGAGCGUUACACGCGCAACCGCUCAGCACGGUCGGCGCCGAGCAGUCACGAGCGGCGAGGCGCGAGGCGCGGGGCGCGGGGUGCGGGGUGCGGGGCCCGCCGCGCUGCCACAGUGCGAUGCUGCUUGAUUGUUAAUAUUAUUUAUCAGUGCCUUAGUAUCUGUAUAGCCGACUCUUCCAAUAACGCGUGAGCGCGCUAUCAGAGAUCUUGUUGGCGCCCAUCAACAAAAUCUUUGUCCCCGUCAUAAGCUCGCUUAAGUGAUGCGGUAUCAUGUAGAAAUGGGGCCUGGUGGUCUGCGCCCCAGGUUGUCCCUGCGGCUAAGCCGGCGAGACUUGACUAGAGCGCAGGAAUGAGAAGCGGCGGAGUCGCACCUCGCCCGCGUCCCGCCCAACACACAUUCCGCAAUAGACUAUGUAAAGGUACUGAAUGGAUCAUACGCUUUAAAUAAUAAUAAUUAUGUACAUCCAUUAUAAUUAAUUCGGGGGAGUACCUCGGCGAUGUUAACUUUAAUACUUAGGUACGUACAUAGUGAAGUUUGGCAUUUUUGAAAUGAUUUUUAUAUCUCAUUAAAUAGAUUGAAUUAGUUUUUAAGUAUGUAGUGUUGCAUGAGUGGUCUGUGUGUCGAGUGCAGGAAUGGCGAGAGGUCCCGGUGGCUCAGCGCUACAGACUCUACUGUAAUAGAUAAAUUAUAUUGGUGUUGACGCCGUUUGUGAAGUGACGGCGACGGCGCAGCGGCUCGCGUCGCUCUCAUCGCUCUCAUCGCUCUGCCGCAUGCCGCCGCCGUCGCUCUUCCACUAACAAUACAUUUUUGUUGAAUCAAAUGCAAUGUUACGUUUUUCGACGAACAAAAAAUGCAAAGGUUUUAACGUUUUUAAUAAAAACACAAAAAUGAGAA